AUGAAUUUAAUCGAUCAAAUAUUUAGGAUAGAAAACGAUCUUUCUGGACCAUAAAUAUAUGCUAUAUGUAGGAAAUGGUAUUAAGAAUAGUUAUAAUUUAGGUACGAGUAAUUUUAGGAUGCUUUGAGUAAUUGUGAUUCUAAUUUCUGUAAAAUUGAUAACUAUUCUCUUUGGUAUGAUUUAAUUAGAAUAAAUGUAGUAUUUGCUAAGAGGAACAAGUGCAAUUAAAUAGCAUAUUGAACAAUUUUAGGAGAGAGUUUGGUAUUCAGCCAUUAAUUAUACAAUAAAACUCAUUAGAGUAAAUUCUAAAAGUUGAUAAGCGUAAUUAAGUUCAAUUGGUAAGUAAAGCUCUUUGGGAUUUCUUAGUAGAGCAAGUAAAAGGAGGUAAAGAAUUAGAAUAUGAUGAAAUUUAGGUCCAUGUAUUCCAUUAUAUACAAUGAGUAGAUAGGAAUCAAAUGUAGUACGUACAAUGUUUAAAAACUUUAAAUUUAUGACAAAUCAAGAUAUCGAUAAUUUAUUGGCUGAUUUAGUAGUUCCAGUUGAUAUGGUUUAGAUGGAGUUUCUUAUUUAAACAGAUGAUGAUUCUCUAAUUUACAUGACAAAAGUUGUGCCUUUAGCAUUUACAAUAGAAUAAUUAAUAACUAAAAUAUUAACACCUCAUUUCGAUAUAUCAAAUCUCAAGUGUUACAAUUACUAUUCCAAAAAAUUCUUAAAUAAUAAAAGUUCUACGUUUAUUUGUGAAUUGUAAAUUAAAUCCCUUUGGUUUCUCAAAAGUUGUAUGACUAUUUAAAAUGGAGGAAUGGAAUUCAAUGAGAAUUUGGAUGAAGUUUAAAUGAGAGAAGACUUUUAAAAUCUUAAGACAGGAUCAACUGAAUCUACAACUGAAUCUAGAAUACCAUCAUUAUUAGAUAUUUCAUAAUAAUAAUAACAAAAUCCACUUCAUGAAUUCGAUGAUGAAGGGAAUCAUAGUAAUCUAAGUAAUUAUAUUAACGAUUAUUAAUUAUUAGUGCUUAAAGAAUUAAAUGAUUUUAAAGCAGAAAUUAGUACUAUUCUUCAAAACAACAAUAAAUAACCAUUAGUCCUCCUUAAAUAUGAAUAGGCUAUCGAAAAUAUCAAUUAAAUUAUUCAAUAGAUAGAAUAGGAUAAUUGUUUCAAAAAAGAAUAAUAAGAAGAAGGAACUAAUGACGAACUCAUAGAAUAAGAUAUUUGAUUUCAUAAAAAAACACAC